GCUAGCCUCUUUUGGAGCCCAUGCGAUCCCGGACCUCAAAUUACAGAGAUUCUCCACCAACCUCGUCGAUCUCUGGCAUCCUCUUUCCGCAAGGAUCAUCUUUCAGAGGAACACCUACAACAUCGGAGGAAGGCGGAGACUUCAGGGAACCAGUCAUCAGCCCCCCGCCGGAAGACGAGACUGCAAUCACACAGUCAUCACUUAGGCGAUCUCGGCGACACGAGGCGCCAUGGCUCCCAAGUCGCUGAUAGCAGCUUCGAGAGAGCGCUACCUUAACACUAUCCGCUCUGUGCAGCCAUCGACGAGAUGGAAGAUUCUGGUCGUGGACAAUUUUGUACGCCAACAUUUGAACAGCCUCUUGAAGCUGGACACCAUACUGCGGGAGAAUGUGACGCUUGUGGAAAACUUGGAGAAUGGCAACAGAGAAGCGCAGCCCAACUACGAGGCUGCGUACUUUGUAACGCCCACGUCAAGCAACAUCGAGAGGAUCAUCAGGGACCUGACACCUGAUCAUGCGACGGGAUCGACGAGGUACAGCGCGGGUCAUGUUUUCUUCGUUGAUGCUCUCUCUGACGCCUUGCUGCAGCGACUGACGAGCUCACCCGCUGAGCCGCGCUUGCGGCAAGUCAUCGAAUUGUACAACAACUUCUGGGCACUCGAGGCUCAGGUAUUCUCAUUAAAGACGCCAGAAUCAUUCUUCACCAUCUUUCAGCCUCCUGGAGGAGCAUGGGGAGUGGAUUCGGCCGAAGCCCUCAAAGGCAUCGAGGAGGAACUGCAAUUCAGCGUGCAGACUUUGCUCAAUGUAUGCGUCUCUCUUAACGAGUUUCCCUUGAUACGAUACUACAAUCCUUCUCACCCGCCGCUGGGACCUCUGGCAAAUCAACAAGGAGAGUCGAGCGGGACGAUCCCCGCACCCGCGCCAGCUUCCGCCUACGCCUCUAGCAUGCGCAUGGCCCGACUACGAGCGGGAGGCGAUUCGAGCGCAGCGGGCAGGCCGGGUGCUGCGUCGGGUCCGGAUCAUUUCACCCGCAAGCUGGCGCUCCGAUUGCAAGAAGCCAUCGAUGCCUACGUGGCCGAUAAUCAGCCCAAGCCCGACUCGACGAGGCCAAGGGGUGUCUUGUUCAUCACGGACCGGACUAUGGAUACAGUGUCACCCUUCCUGCACGAAUUCUCAUACCAAGCAAUGGUGGCUGAUUUGCUGCCUCUCGAAGAAGACGGGACAGUCUAUUCUUACAAGUUCCUGAACGCUGUCGGCCAGAAGGAGGACAGAAGAGCACGAUUGUCCGACGAAGAGAGUGUGUGGAGGGCAAUCAGGCACCUUCACAUUGCCGAGGCAAUCGACAGGUUGACGAAGGAUUUCACGCAGCACGCAGGAACCGCAGCAGCUCAUCAAAAUUCGAGCAGUCUGCAUGACAUGAGGGACAUGCUCGCGACUCUGCCUGAGAUGCAAGAGACCAAAGAGGCGUUGAGUCUGCAUUUGACUAUGGCACAGGAGUGCAUGAACAUCUUCGAGAGAAGCAGACUACCACAGCAGGCCAUGGUUGAACAGAACUGUGCAACGAGGACAACGCCCGAUGGAGCGAAACCGCGGACCUUGGUCGAGGAUAUGGUGCCACUGUUGGAUGAUCGAGAGAUCAGCAACGCGGACAAGGUCCGUAUCAUCGCGCUUUACAUCAUGUAUAGCGAAGGCGUUCCGGACGAGGACCGGAAACGGCUGUUUCAGCACGCCAGGCUGGGUCUGCACGAGAUGGACGCAGUGGACAAUCUGGUGCACUUGGGGGCUAGAGUACUCAAGGAUCCCCAGAACAGUGGGUGGGACGCGUGGUUCAAGAAGGGCAAGAGGAGGCAAGCGCCGGGCGAAAACGAGUACGAGCUGAGCAGGUACCAGCCUUUGGUCAAGCUCAUGCUGGAGGAUCACUUUGCGGGAAGGCUGGACCAGACCACCUAUCCCUACGUCAAGGAUGCGCCCCCCGACUUUGCGUCCGCAUCCUCGCUUAGCGCAGCGAGCACCGGAGGACUGGGCAGCCUGAGAGAUGCGGCAUCGGCCAUCUCAAGGGGCGCAAGCCCUGCUUUGAGCGGCAAUGCAGCUGCGCCCCGAGGACCCCCGACUAGCUUGAGAUCUGCAAAGCCCACGUGGGCCCAGAAAGGCAGAGGUGGAGGACAUAGCGGGGGCAGCAGCAACCACGCGGAACGGGCUGACAUUACAAGGCAGAGAGUGCUCGUGUUCGUUGCUGGUGGCAUGACUUACUCUGAGGUCCGCAGCGCCUAUCAAAUCUCAGAUAGGUUGGCCAAAGACGUCUAUAUUGGCUCUUCGCACAUUUUUACUCCUGCUUCCUUCCUCGACUCGCUGAAAAGGUUCGGCAAGGCGAGUGGAGCUGGCGCACAUCAUCACCAAGGUGCAGGCCAGCAUCAUUCUGGCGGUCGACCUGGCCUUGCGAGCGGUCUUCCGACCGGCGCAAAUCAAUUUUCGAAGCCGGAUAACGAUGCGAGCGGCUUGCGAUCUAGUGCUGCCGCUGCGCGCUCCGGUCGAGGAGGAUCUCGUCAGUAUGCAGAUUAUGGAGAUAGUGCACAUCAGCAGGGUUACGGAGGCGGGCGCAAUGGCCAUUCAGCCUCGGUUCCAUCUCAACGAUUCGAGGCUGAUCAAGGAGCAUACGAGCGUCGCUAUGGGGGAGGAGCUGCGCCUGCUCCGCAAGACACUUCUCAUCACGGAUACGGACAAUCGAGCGCUCAAUCAAACCAUAGCUCGGCUUCUCGGCCGCAAGCUUCACGUGCUCCUCAGACAUAUGGACCAUCUUCGAGCGCUUCCUUGUAUAACUCGCACCAUCAGGCCUCGGGCGCCGUUUCGACGUCGGGUCACCAGUCUGCAGACGGCAGGUCCCUCAGUCCAGCUCCUUCCGCUACUUAUUCCAUUCAAAGCAACCCUGUUGGAGCAGCUGGCAAGGAGAAAAAGAGGCUCAAGAAUUUGUUCUCUUCCAAAAAGUAAUGCAGCCCCUGGCAACUUCUGCGUCUCUCGCGUGGCUUGCACUCGUCAUUCGCCUUUGCGCACACUUCUUGCACUCCCUCCACCCUGACAACGGUCGGCUUCCCACUGCGUCCUGUCUGUCAUUUUCUCACAAGCUAUCGUUACGAGCGCCAUCACAGCGUGCGCGUCUGUUACCCAAUGUCUAUUGCAUUAUUUUG